CCAGGCCCUCUCCACCAGACGGCCCAGACCGCCUCCAUCGCCCGCCUCCAUCGCCCGCCUCAUCCAGCAACCGCCACCGUCUCAAAACAUGGCUGCCGCGGUCCACGAGUCCUUGAAGCUCUACACUUCGUCCGAUUCAUUGGCCAUCGAGCCUGUGUACCUGGACUCGUUCUCUCCCCGUGAAGCCGUGGUCAUCCAGCGAGACACCUCUGCCAUCUCGUUGCAGUCAUACUCGCCCAGCUUCGAUGCCCAAGGAGAAACGAUCCACGGACUCAUCGGCCUCAUCCGACUCAACAGCGGCGAUCACCUCAUCGUCGUCACCAACCGCACCAAGCUGGGUCGUCUGGAUGGAAAUGACAUCUACAAGCUCACCGGACACAAGAUCGUGUCGGUCACCAAGAGCACUGUGCAUCUCUCGGAGCAGCAGAUCCGCGACGACGGUGUCUAUAUCGGCCUCCUGAACGACCUCUUAGGAUCUGGAUACUUUUACUUUUCCUACACCCUGGACCUGACCCGCAGUCUCCAGCAAACCAGAUUCCCAAAGAGCUCGGAGCCCCUCUGGAGAACGGCCGACGACCGGUUCUUCUGGAACGAAUACCUCAGCGCUCCGCUGACCCAGCUCGCCACCAAGGACAGCAACGAGAUUUCGAGAUUCGUCCUUCCGAUCAUCUGUGGAUUUGUCGAGAUCCAGGCCGUUUCUCUCAACGCCAGGCCGUUCACCUACGCCCUCAUCUCGCGCAGGAGCAAGUAUCGCGCGGGCACCCGCUACAACUCGCGCGGAGUUGACAUCGAGGGCAAUGUGUCCAACUACGUCGAGACCGAGCAGCUGGUCAUCACCGCGACGAACCAGCGAGUGUCCUUUGUUCAGACGCGCGGAUCUAUCCCGCUCUUCUGGAGACAGGUUGUCAAUGUCAAGUACAAGCCCAAGCUGGUCAUCGAGAGCUCUGGCCUGAUCACCGGCGAGGCGUUCCGAAAGCACUUUGUCGAUCAGAUCAAGCGCUACGGCAACCAAAUCGCCGUCAACUUGAUCGACAAGAAAGGCGGCGAGCUGAAGUUGGCCAACGACUUCGAGUAUCAUGUCCGAAACCUGAGUGACCCCCGCAUCAGAUACGUGCACUUUGACUUCCACCACGAAUGCCGCAAGAUGAGAUGGGACCGCAUCUCGAUCCUGGUUGACAGCAUCAAGGACGAGCUGGAUCAGCAAGGGUACUGCCGUGUCGAUGGUGACCAGCUGCUCCAGGUCCAGUCCUCGGUCAUCCGAACGAACUGCAUGGACUGCUUGGAUCGCACCAACGUUGUGCAGAGCGUCUUUGCCCGGCGUGUGCUCACUCAGCAGCUGCGCGAUCUCGGUAUCCUGGGUCCCCGGGAGUCGGUCGAAGAUACAGGCGACUUUGAGAAGAUGUUCAAGAACGUGUGGGCGGACAAUGCCGAUGCCAUCAGCAACCAGUACUCUGGAUCAGGAGCUCUCAAGACUGACUUUACCCGCACGGGCAAGCGCGGCUUUGGCGGCCUGCUGCAAGAUGGCGCCAACUCGCUGAUUCGAUAUGUAAAGAACAACUACUUUGAUGGCACGCGCCAGGACUCGUUUGACCUGUUGUUGGGCAAGUACCAGGUCAGCGCCGGCGUCUCGCCGUUCAAGAGCCAGCUCAAGCUUCAUCAUGUUGCUCUCCCCCUGGGCGCCCUUUUCUCCAUCUUUAUGGCGUUCGUGGUCCUGUCGGUGCGAUUCGAGCGCCUGUCCGGACAGCUCUUCUACCUGCUCUUUUGGAGUCUCUCGGCUGCCGCCUGCCUGCGGCUGAUCGUGAUGAAGGGCACCGAGUUUGUCGAACGGCCUCAUCUCGUCGAGACGGAUCCGUUCCACACCACCGGAGUCAAACAAGAGGCCGACAGCGCCUACUCCUGGGGCAAGGAGAAGCUCCAUCAGAUCUAGACUGUCUGUGUUGGCAUCAUGGAUCCAUGUAUUCCGAUGCGAAGUGCACCCGGUGCCGGCGCUUGUCGGCGCCGAGAGUAUACAGCCGAUGUUGCUCCACAA